CGAUUGUCGAUUGUUGCACAGCUCGCGAGAGAUGGACAAACCUCCAAUCACAAACGCGGAACCCGUGGUGUUCAUUGUUGAUUGCUAGCUGCGCGGAUUUUGCUGACUGCUUGUAACACGCGUAAAAGCGGUGGCACUGUGGGAUAGAAUGUGCCUUGGUCUGCAACGCCCUAUGCAAGCGGGAGGCUCAAAGAGGAAGGAACUUGUAUCGGUCGAUAUUGGCGAUGAUCAGAGCUGAGCUGUUGUGGCGAGGAAGAUCGAUUGAUGUCGUUGAUGUUGCAAGAUGGAGAAAAUCGAGGUCAGUGGAUUCGGGCUAAUUUAUGCACCGCACCCUCGGACAUUGUGUUCUUCCUCUUCGGCACUGGAUUGUUAGCCAGGCCGAGGGCUCAGAAAAUUAAUUCCACUUGCGGAUCGUGCAUAUCAGUACAUGUUAUGUGUUAUCCAAGGUGCAUAUGGGCGAUCGCAAGUGUUACUCGGCGCGCAGAGAUACCGGCCUCGAGUAACAUGUAUUAUGUUGGAUGAAUUUUGUCAGAGCUUGCAACUAGUCUGUCCGGCCGGACACACAGUGAACUGACUACGAGUACAUCUGUUUUUGAGGAAGACUGAUACCUAGUCUAGUAGCUAGCAAAGAUAUCCCCAAGAAGACGGGAAUAUUGAUUCCUCCAAAGGAAAACACGGUGCAGAUACGCCGUCCAAACUAGACAAACAAACCUCAAACGCCAGCAAUGGACAAGUCGUCUAAGUUCCGCGUCGUAAUCGUAGGGGCUGGCCCCGUCGGCCUCUACAUGGCCCACGCCAUGGAGCGAGCCGACAUUGACUACGUGCUGCUGGAGCGGCGCGCUACCGUCGCCAACCCCAACGGGCAGUUGCUGCUGGUCUGGCCGCACACGGCGCGGCUUUUCGACCAGAUCGGCGUGUACCACGACCUCGCCAGGGAGAACAUUCCCAUGCACCGCAAGAAGCGUGUGUACGGCGUCGACGGCACGGUCACAUCUUGGAACCGCUUCUGGCAGUUCAUGGAGCCAAGCCACGGCUACCCGUUCCUGGCUAUGCUCCGCAGCCGCAUCAUCGACAUGCUUCACGGUGCACUGCUGGGCAAAGAUUCCAAGAUCAGAAACAGCGUCGAAGUUGUCGGGAUAGAGCCCCAGGCCGACGGCGUGCGCGUCCGUCUGGGCGACGGCAGUCUGGUAGAGGGCUCCAUCGUCAUCGGCACCGACGGUGUGCACAGCAAGACUCGCCAGCUCAUGCAGAGGCUGUUGGCAGAUGAUGGCAGUGUCGAAAAGACCACACUACCAGGGCAGAGCCCCAUGGUGGCGAGCUUCAACGGCAUCUUUGGUCGCGCGUCCGUCGCUGACUUGGGAAUCGAGCCCGGCACCUGGUUCGAGUCCCGGGGCGCGGGGGUCAUCAUCCAGGGGUUGGUCGGCGCCGAAGACGGCAAGAUGACCUUUGCAACCAUCAAGCCGCUGAACGCGGGCGAGCGCGCAGCAGCGGUGGCCAGCGGCGGCGGGCGGCGGCCACGGUACUCGGACGCCGACGCCGACGAGCACGCGGCCUCGAUCCAGCACGUGCUCGUGUGCCCCGGCGUGACGUUUGGCGACGUGUGGGCGCGGGCGGACCGGGAGCUCUGCGUCAUGGUGGACCAGGAGGAAGGGUUCGUGGAGCAGUGGUACCACGGCAGCGGGCGCGUGGUGCUGGUGGGCGACGCGGUGCACAAGAGCACGAGCGCCAACGGGCUCGGCAUGACGUGCGGUGUGCACUCGGCCGCGGUGCUGGCCAACGGACUCCGGCGGCUGCUGGCCGAGCAACCGAGCCCCUCGGGGACGGCGCUGGCCGAGGUCUUUGCUCGCUACCAGGCCGAGCGGCAGGCAGAGGUCAGGCCGCUCUGGGACGACGGGCACGCCAUGGUCCGCGGCGUCACCAGGAGGUUCUCCUGGGGCCCCUGGCUCUGGGAGAGGUUCGUGCUGCCGUGGUGGGACGUGGAGAGCUUGGCGUGGGGACUGCUGCCUUCUGUGUUUCUGGUCCGCAAGGGACAGCUGCUGUCGUAUGUGCCGUUCAUGGGGAAGCGGGGAUGGGUACCGUGGGCUAAUAAUGCGACCAUGUAAUUCCAACCCAUCAAGUGUAAUGUUUGAUUUGGUCUGGAUGAUGUCGG